AUGCCCUCUGGCUCUUCUUCAACCAUUCCACCUGGGUUUCCCCACGACGUCUCCAUGUCAGAGCGUCAUAACAUGCGCCCUCCACGACCAAAGCAGGCGAAGGUUUUGGGCCGAGAAUUACCUACUUACCAUCAAUCCCAUACGGACGUGCCAAUGAACAGUACAUCGCAAAGCGCGGAAGAGUCAGCGCAGACGGAGAGUUUAGCCAACUCUUCUGAUACAGCUGUUUCCCCCGCUAGAGCUGAUGCCCAUCGCUCUCAGCCCAAUCCAGCCAUUAGCAUGUCAGACAUUUUGCCUCCCGCCGUAUUCCAAGGUCUUGGUUUCACGGUGGAGAAAUACGUCAAGGAUGCAGUCUCAAAGCGUAAGGACCCUUCCGCUACUCAAUUUCAAAUGAAUCUAACAUCAAACACAGGUGUUGACGAAUAUUUCUCCGCCGUUAGCGCUCAAAAUGGUGUCUUCACUGGUACAACCACGCCGGAGUCCACACCGCAUGCCAGCUCUGGCUCGAGUUCACCAAAAUCUACGCCAUCCUCGGCAACUACACCUCCUUCGUACGGCCAUUUACCGGAGGGGGAACAGUGCAUAGAUGUCUUGGAUUUGGAGACCUCUCGGUCUGAUGUACGACAAGGUAGCUCAAGCUCAAGCCCUCCAGCAAUCAAAACCGCCCACUAUAUCUACUCCGUUGACUGGCUUCAGCCUAAAUCUGAGGACGAACUCCGACUGAUGGGCCUUGUUGGUGCUACACCGCCACACUCCCAGCAGUCUGGUUCCAACUCCUCAGCCCCUAUCUAUGACCCUCCUAAAGUCAUCGAAAAGGAACCAGAAGCACAACCGCCCCUAGUUUGCUCACGAUGCCCAGUACUAGAGGCCGAGCGAGACAAACAGCGCAAGAAGGCGCAUAAGUUCUUCAAACACGCCGAACGACAUUUGAAGAAUUCAAUCGAGCUUGAGGACCAGGUUGCCAACCUCAAACAUAACCUUGAGGAGGGCUAUUACUCGGAAAAAGACGGCAAAAUGUCCGUGGGCGAGUUAACGUUCGCGGAGAAGAAAGAAGGCAUCGUCAAAGUGGUGACGAAAUACCGUGAACAACUGUUCCAGAGGGGCGCGGAGGUACGCGACCUUCGCCUGCAACUUUUCGAACAGAACGAACAACUUUCGAAAAUGAGCCAGGAGAAGGGCAAACAAGAAGAGAUGAUCGCGGAGCUGUGGGAGCAGCUUCGCCAGAGGGAUAUUGGUGGAUCGUCCAAAACUGGCCUGAUCUUCAACGCGGCACCACGACCCGCCGAUGGAGGCAGUCUCAUCUUCGGUAAUCUGCCGAUUGUGGCUGAAUAUAUUGGCAUGGCUAUGGGUUCGGACACCGAUUCGGAGGACGAAAUGACCGGUUAUGAAAAUGACACUACCAGCCUCACAUCGGAAGAAGGCAAGGUAGCAGAUGCUGAACCAGAAGAAGAAAUUGCAGAGGAUGUUGGAAAAACUAUCAAGGAAACGCCAGAGAACUCAGACUUGUCUGUCUCUGUCACUUUUCCCGAUGUCAUUCAGCCCAACAUCACUCAGCACGAGACUCCGGCUCCCGUGCCUCAGGACACCGAUUCCCAGUCCGAGAAGCACGAGGCUCCCGCCGACCUCAUAACGAGUAGAAGCAUCGUUCAUGCCAAUACUGGCAAUUGCUCCAUGAGCCGCAACAAUCUCGCUUCUACUUAUUCUACAUCCUACGCUUCAAGCCCCUCGGUCUCGCCGCACUCCGAUUACAAGACGCUUAGGUCCAAUCAGGCCUUGGCUUCAGCUCCAGUCCUUACAACCAUCGUCGAGGAGCCAGAGUGCCCAUACAGCCCCUCGAUCCAUAACUCCACCCCAGUUGUCCCCUUCUUUACGAAGAAUGAUCAUCAACCACAGGCUGCGCUUGCCGACCUCAACGCAGACUCAGUGGCAGAAGAGGACUUUUCUAUGGCUUCCGAAAUCGUCCGCACCACUAUCGGAAACAACAUUCGCCCGGAGGACACUAUUUUUGACCCUUUCCGCGCCUCUUAUGCAACUGAGAUUAAGGCUGAGCGCCCUGUGGCUGCUGACCUGAUUGCGGAUCCUGUCCCAGAUGAGGGCUACGCCAUGAGCUUCAACACCACCCGCCACACCGCGACCUAUAAUACCUUCUCGUUCGACCCUUUUAAGACUACCAUUAGAACGAUGCGCCCUGCCUCCAUCGCUAACGAACGCCUACGACCCUUCCAUACCGAGCGUGCUGGCCACCUCGGCACUGCAUGCGCAGCACCUAUUGACGGUGGACAACCUUCCACCACUGGAAGCGGACGAACUGGUGGGGUGAGGUUCGCGGGACCAGCCAGCUCAUUUCUCCAGCAGGCUCCAUUGGCUCUAUCGACUGCAUGGGGCGCCCUGCCUCCUACAGGUUCGUACCUGCCGUCGAAGUCUCGAUUUUUUUGA